CCUGCUUUCAGGACAGCUAUCUCGGGAAGCACGCGCAUAUCCAGUCUACAAGGCUGAGUAUGCGCGUGCUUCCCGAUCUGAACAGGACUACCAGCUACCGCAAAGGCAAACAAAUAGCACGUCAGCCGAUAUUUUAAGGACUUUGUUCUUAAUUCACGAAAGGCAAUGCUACUUACGUCGUCCCUGGCGAAGAGUGGACUAGCAUGCAAUCAUCGCCUGAAAAUGUUCUGUCUGGGCUUGGAGACAGUUACACCGCUAUCAUCACAGCAACCGAUGAUGUUGCCACUGACAAGGCACGAACGAAGCGUGCGAUCACGUGUGAAUGGGACGAAGCGACUGGAUCACCAUUCGCAGCGAACGGACCAGAAACUGACAUGCCCCGUAAACUUGCUCACAUAUAAUAGAACGGAAUAUCCACAUGUCAUGCCUGAUGCGUCUAAAUUUGGCUUCUCCAUACUCCAUUUCGAAGGAAUAAACAUUGUCGCGCGAAAUGCUGAAAAAGAAUUUGUCUCAAUACCUGUCGGAGUUAUGCUGCUGGAGAUACUAACUUAUGCUCAUGUCGUGUCGUAUGCUUAUGUCGUUGGCUGCAUCUUCGUGUCGAAUGGAUCUUUAUUUUCUUUUCCUGUUGUCGAUUCACUCAUCAAGAUAGUGUUGGAGCGAUUCACCGCUGCUAUCCGAAUGGUUCCUGAACGAUGCAAAGGUGGUAUCCAUCGCUUAUGGUGA